AUGACAAUUGCAGUAAACAUGGCGUCGCAUAACUGGAAUGCAGUGAUGUGUUGACAUUCAAACAAUUGCAAAAUGUCUAGCAACCCCGCGGGUAGAAGAAAUGGGGCACAAAAAAUUCGAUUAACAAUUCUUUGUGCCCGCAAUCUAGUCCGGAAAGACUUGUUCAGACUGCCAGACCCUUUCGCUAAAAUAUCAGUUGAUGGAAGUGGUCAAUGCCAUUCAACAGAAACUAUUAAAAAUACAUUGGAUCCAAAAUGGAAUUCCCAUUAUGAUCUGUACAUAGGAAAAACUGAUAACAUUACAAUUUCAGUUUGGAAUCAUCGCAAGAUUCAUAAAAAGCAAGGAGGGGGCUUUUUAGGCUGUGUUCGACUUGUCAACUCUCUUAUUCAGAGGUUAAAAGAUACCGGAUAUCAACGUUUGGAUUUAUGUAAAGCAUCCCAAGAUGACAACGAACCGGUUAAGGGACAAAUUAUCAUAUCACUCCUGUCCAGAGAUGGGCCUUGCGGCGGCACUCCGUUAGCUGUUGUAGGUCCUUUAGGUGAACUCAGGGGACCCGCAAAUCGCGACAUAUCACCCAAUGAAAAUGAUGAUCUGCCUCCCGGAUGGGAGGAACGCAGGACGGCCAAUGGUCGUCUUUAUUAUGUCAAUCACAUGACCAGAAGCACUCAAUGGCUUAAACCGCAAAUGACAAGUAAAAAUAGAACCUCUUUAACAAAUGGUAACACACGUUCAAUCAAUAAUCAAACAAAUAAUGCCAAUCCAGAUAAUAAUAACGUAAAUGAGAUAAGAGUUCAACAAAACGAUAAUACUAAUGUGGAAGUUCAAACCUCAGUGACCUCUAGCAGACCUAGUUCAAGUACAUCACCCACAUCACCAGUCAUCAGUCCUCAAAAGGAGCAUGUAGUGCCUUUGCGACCUGCACCGACAGUGCCCAUUGUUACUGUAGAAAAUAAUGUUCAAAAACCUCCAUACAUAUCACAGCGUUCCAAUAGUUUCAUUCCUGCUCCAAACAAAAGCUGUAACGUGCCUACCAACGUGCCCAAACUUACCAGUCAAUCCGGUAGUAGUAGUGGUUGUGGUAGUAGUAAUGGGCCUUGCGGCGGCACUCCAGCAAGUGCAAGAGAGAGGAGACAAAGGACUUCUGAAGAAAGAAGAGUUGACAGUGCCGGACGUAAACGGUCUGCUAGAAACAGGAAUUCAAUAGAUGUAUCUCAGAUGACUCCAUCUACAGCUUAUACUGCCCACAACUCAAAAUUGGAUCUGCCACCCGGUUAUGAAUUACGAACAACGCAACAAGGUCAAGUGUACUUCUACCACAUACCAACAGGGGUCUCAACAUGGCACGAUCCCCGUAUACCUAAAGAUCUUGCGCCUUUGGGUCUUUCAUUAGAUUCGCUUGGACCACUACCACCAGGUUGGGAAAUGCGCCAAACAGCUUCCGGACGGGUUUAUUUCGUUGAUCAUAAUAACCGCACGACCCAGUUCACCGAUCCUCGACUUAACGCACAAAUACUUGCCAACAUUCUUCGUAAAAAUCAUCCCCCAAUAAUAGUAACAACCACCACGGCGACUGCCACAACAUCUACGACCACGACAGUUGCACAAAUCACGCCAAGUACAUCGGGUCUUGGGUUGGCCAACAUCAAUCAACCUUCAACCCCAUCAGGUGCAAGCUCUACAUCCACUCCUGUCGUUUCACCAUCACAAAACAAUGUCGCACAACAAACUUCACGAGUUCGACAUUCCGAGAAUUUGGAUCUCCCUCACGGUCUUUUAAAUGAUUCUGAGCAUUUACCAAAAUAUCGAAGAGAUCUGGUCAGUAAACUCAGAGCUCUUAGAGCCGAACUGACUGCUCUUCAACCUCAGAGCGGCCAUUGCAGACUUGAGGUGUCUCGAAAUGAGGUUUUCGAAGAAAGUUAUAGAUUAAUUAUGAAAAUGAGACCAAAAGACAUGCGCAAAAGACUUAUGGUAAAAUUUAAAGGCGAGGAAGGUUUAGAUUAUGGCGGAGUAGCAAGAGAAUGGUUACACCUUUUAUCACGCGAAAUGUUGAAUCCUCAAUAUGGUUUAUUCCAGUACAGCAGAGAAGAUCAUUAUACUUUGCAAAUUAAUCCCGACUCAUCCAUUAAUCCAGAACAUUUGUCUUACUUCCACUUCGUCGGUCGGAUUCUUGGUAUAGCUGUAUUCCACAACCACCAACUAGAAGGAGGUUUUACACUGCCCUUUUAUAAACAACUUCUUAAUAAACCCAUUACAUUACAAGAUAUUGAAGGUGUGGAUCCCGAACUUCACCGAAGCUUAACAUGGAUGUUGGAAAAUAACAUUCAGGGUGUUAUCGACACAACAUUCUCGGUGGAAAAUAACAGUUUCGGUGCUAUAAAGGUCCACGAAUUGAAAUCAGGUGGUGCUGGUGUAACUGUUACUGAAGAAAAUAAAAAAGAAUACGUGAAAUUGUACGUUAAUUACCGUUUUAUGCGCGGAAUAGAACAACAAUUUUUAGCCCUUCAGAAAGGUUUUACCGAACUAGUACCACCAGCCCUUUUGCGUCCUUUUGACGAACGAGAACUUGAACUGGUGAUCAGCGGUAUUGGCUCGAUCGAUAUCGCUGACUGGCGUUCGAACACACGUCUAAAACAUUGCACCCCCGAAACUCCGGUAGUGCAAUGGUUCUGGCAAGUCGUAGAGUCUUAUUCGGAGGAGAUGCGUGCCCGACUUUUGCAAUUUGUCACAGGAUCGUCUCGAGUGCCCCUUCAAGGAUUUCGAGCUUUGCAAGGAAGUACAGGAGCUGCAGGCCCCCGCUUAUUUACGAUUCACUGUGUGGAAGUAUCUCCACAAAAUCUUCCCAAGGCUCAUACGUGUUUUAAUCGAAUUGAUAUUCCACCCUACGAAUCAUAUCAGGUGCUAUCAGACAAAUUGACACAAGCAGUUGAAGAAACGUGCGGUUUCGCGGUCGAAUGAUGGAAAUUUAUUGGUUAACUUGGUAAACGUUUAUAAAUCAUAUUGUUUGAACCUUAUUCAAAGGCCUAGUGGACAAUAAUUGAAACAGAAAAUUCUUAAAAUGCGUACUUAUGAACGAAAAGGGCAGAUUUUCUUUAAACAGAAUAGGAAAGAGGGUUACCGCUUAAAAUAAGAAAGUGCCUGGUAAUGGGAUAAAUUAUACACAAAGAGAUUCUUUUCUGGGCAACGUUAGAAUUACAUUACUUGAUUACAAAGAAUUGUUAGAAAGCGUUCUUUUUAUAUCAAAAGUGACUGAAAAUAGUGAAAAUUAUCAAUUUAAAAUAAACGACUUAUUUUAAAUGCUAAGUAAACAAACAAAAUUAAUUAGGUCAGCAAAUAUUAAAUAGGUACAGUAAUACUCCCAACUUACACGUUAGGUAUCGAAUAAGUCGAAUUCACGUAUGUCAGGAUACAAUUUUGCAUAAAAAAAAAUACAAACUAUGUUUAAUUGGAACCGGACACUAAAGAAAACAAUAAUUUAAUAGAAAAACGUUUAAUAAAGUCUUAGGUGAUACAACAAAUUAUCUGACGCAUCAGUGAUUUUUCUUCUUACACAUAACUUCCCAAGAGCAACCUAAUAACUUUUCUAUUUCUUGUUUUGUGGCAGAAAUACUCUCUUCGUAGGAGUGCAAGUUUUCCAAGAUUUGUAACCCUUUUUCAAUUAAAUUAAGGUUUUCUGUCAAGUUAUUAAUAUCUUUUGCGUAAAGACGAGGUAUUACUGUACGUAAAUUUAAACUUUUGAUAAAUAAAAUAAUUAAUGGGUUAAUUAAUAAGCUAAUCAGGCGCCAUUUUUUUAAAAUAGUAAAAAGUACAUUUUUUACGAGAAUUAAACUCAAUAUAGUAUGGAAGGGUUCUUUAUAAAUUGUUUACUGCUAAAAAUAAGACAACCCUUUUAAAACAAUAAUAAGAAAUGUCAUGUCUUAUUAUUAAAGAUAAGCAAUAAUAAAGUUAUUUUUCAUUACAUAU